AGGGAGAAGCCUUCCUCUCGUGCGCUCCGGGAGAUUCCAGUGGCCUGGCAAUUAGUGACCAGGGCGAUACGGGGAACCGACACUCAAAUAUCCAGACCGCAACGGACGCUCAAGGACAAGCCGUGCAUUCCUGGGGAGGAACAACGCGCUUUUAGUGGAUCUACCAAAAUGCAGAGGAGUGGCAAGAACAAGUUAUUUCCUCUGAGCAUCUUUACCUUUCAGUGAACUCUAGCUAAUAAGGAGCAGAAACAUAAACACGGCGAGGCAGGAGACGGCUGCAUACACCUCUGCCUGCGGUGAACAGCACUGUCAGCUUCAGGAAACAUUCUCGAGAAAACCUGUCUACACUCUGGUGAGCUCACCUCUCAAGGGUCCGGGGCAUUGUGAACCUGACUGAUGUCCUGUCUCCAUGCCAACCGAAGUCUCAGGUCGUGAUAAACCUAAACCCUCCUGUCAGAAGGUGACCUCUCUGCCCCAAUCCAAGCUCUACAGGAAUAUGCCCGGCCUGCACGAUGGACUCCAACAGCACAGAGUUGGGCCUGUACUCACCAUCCGACGCCCUGGAAGUGGGAAUCUACCCGGCAUCCACUCCAUGGCCAUUGCUCCAGAACACAAGCCUCAUCAACCUCAGUGAUGUUUUCAAGCUCAAUGGGAGUAAUGUCGAGGUUGAUGGUCAAUCCUAUGAUCCUCUGGGCGGCCAUUCACUCUGGCAGGUCAUUCUCAUCGUUGUGUUUACAGGACUGCUUUCCCUUAUUACUAUUAUAGGCAACAUCUUGGUCAUGGUGUCGUUUAAGGUCAACCGCCAGCUCAAAACAGUUAACAAUUACUUCCUACUAAGUUUAGCCGUGGCAGAUCUCAUCAUUGGGGUCAUCUCUAUGAACCUGUACACUACCUACAUUGUCAUGGGCCACUGGGCAAUGGGAAACUGGGCAUGUGACCUCUGGCUAGCAAUAGACUACGUAGCCAGCAAUGCAUCUGUCAUGAAUCUGCUGGUCAUUAGCUUUGACCGGUAUUUCUCCAUCACAAGGCCUCUGACGUACCGUGCCAAACGCACCACCAGGCGGGCAGGAGUGAUGAUUGGCCUGGCGUGGUUUGUGUCGCUCAUACUUUGGGCUCCUGCCAUUUUGUUCUGGCAGUAUUUUGUAGGAGAAAGAACCGUUCCAAUGGAUAAAUGCUACAUUCAAUUUCUCUCAGAGCCUAUUAUUACAUUUUGCACUGCAAUGGCAGCUUUCUACCUGCCGGUGACGAUAAUGAGUGUUCUGUACUGGCGAAUAUACAAAGAGACAGAGAACCGUUCUCGGGAACUUGCAGGAUUACAAGGCUCGGUUGGAAGGUUCGGAGGCAUCGAGCGACCGCGCUUCCAUCUCCGUGCCACUGGGGGGAGCUCUAGAAGCUGCAGCAGCUUCGAACUGGGCCAACCUGGCCACAAACAAAGCUCCCUUCAUGGCCUGAGUGGCCGAUUCCACUGCUGGGGGUGGAAGGCGGGUGGCAGGGAUAAAGGUGGGCCGCACCGGGAGGCAGAUCAGAGCAGCAGCGACAGCUGGAAUAACAACGACGCUGGACUGUCAGCCGACCACUCGGGCUCAUCUGACGACGACGAGAGCGCGCCAUCCACCACGCGGGCGAUAUUCUCCAUUGUUCUCAGUCUGCCUGGCAUGAAGGCAGCUGUAAACUCCCAGGUCACUUCUUGUGAGGAUUUGGACACUGAGGAAGAUCCAUUACGGUCCCCUGUGGAGAACGACGGCAGGGAUGGCAGCAUCACCCGCUCCAUCACCAACGGGAACAAGAGGUUUGUUGGAAGCAUGAGUAAAGUUCACUCAGUGUCUGCCAUACAACCGUCAAUGGAUCCAAACAUUGAUGGAACCAACACCACUGUUAAAUCCCCCUCAGCGCCUAUAACUUUCAAAGAGGCAGUCCUAGCAAAGCGUUUCGCAGCUCGCGCAAGGACGCAAAUCACCAAGCGGAAGCGUAUGUCGCUAAUAAAAGAAAAGAAAGCGGCGCAAACUCUAAGCGCCAUCCUUUUCGCUUUCAUUAUUACGUGGACACCUUAUAACAUUAUGGUGCUAGUAAACACCUUCUGUAAUGGCUGCAUACCUGAGAACCUCUGGGCUCUAGGCUAUUGGCUAUGCUACGUUAACAGUACAGUAAAUCCUAUGUGUUAUGCCCUUUGCAACAAGACUUUUCGUACCACUUUCAAGAUGAUCCUGCUUUGUCGCUGGGAUCAGAAAAAAAGCAAGCCAAGCUUUCCACAAAGACAGGCUGUGAGAUUUCACAGGAGCAUACCUACAGACUCCACAUAGCAACCUGGUGGCAAAGCUAACUUGCUAAUGCUAAAAUGUAAGUUUCAAAGGGUGAUUCCUCAAGUAUCUGUACUAUAUAAUGAAGCUUUAAUGUGUGAAUCUCAACGUAGAAGUGUAGACGUCAGUCACUUAGGAUUUCGGGUCACUAGAUUGUAAAAUUUUAAGACACUGUGGUUUAGUGUACAAAGAGUUUCAGUGAUACUGAAGCACAACAAAGCAAGUGCAGUGGCCAUCAGAACUUUCUGUGGACUUUUAUAUGCCUUUUACUAAAUCAGCAGUGCCAACUUUCAGGAGUUCAGCAGCGACAUAUAAAAAGGACAUUUGAAAGGAGACUGUAUUUUGAAGCUCAAAGAGCUGAUUGGAUGUGAUGCUCUCAAUUACUUGUUUGACUAUUUUGGGGUUGAAUAUUAAAUAUCUCGUUUUUGUCAGUAAAACAGAAACUAAAAUGUGAUUUUUAAAUAAGGUGAUGUAUAUCAAAGUAUUUACAGUGAAGAUAUUUCUUUUUCUAAGUGAACUGUGCUGAUUUCUGUGAAAAUGUGCCACACAGAGUUUCAGUGUCUUUGCUGUCUCGGUAAGUGUAAGUGUUCUAUUCAUAAACAGCACUUCCGUAAGCUGCUCUUGUAUAAAGCGUGGUUGUUUACAUUUGUUUUGCUACAAGUAUUUUAAUAGCUAUUAUGUAGGUUUUCAGUGCACAUUAUGUUUGUAUAUUUUGGAAUGCCUUAUGUUUGGACUUUAAGAUUGUGCACUGAAUAUACUGGGCUAGCUGUGAAAUCAUUUAUGGAACCUAAAGAAUGUUUUUAACUGUUUAAUGGACAUUUAGAUUUUUAUAUUAGUGCAUUGGAACAUAAUUCCAUUUACAGCCAAACUGUCUGCUGUCACCACCAUGUUUGGGAAUGCCAGGCUUUAACAUAACAGGCCAAUUUAGUUUCCCAAAGCAGCUGCAGAUUUGCUUUAUAAAAAGCACACAAAAUACAGAAUUAUUGUGUCUUUUUUCAACUAUGGGCUCCUUUGGCACUGUAGAGAAAUAAAAAUAACUUAAAACAGUUAAUUUAAUUUGCCUACAAACAACCCUGCUGAAAAAAAAGUGGGUAUGCUGGUUAGGUUUGUUUUGACGCUGGGAUGCUUGUUUAUGCUGGUCCUUUGCUGGUUUAUGCUGGUCCUUUGCUGGUUUGUGCUGGUCCUUUCGCUGGUUAAUGCUGAUCCUUUGCUGGUUUAAGCUGGUCAUGUGCUGGCAAAAGAUCAGCAUAAACCAGCGAAAGGACCAGCACAAACCAGCAAAGGACCAGCAUAAACCAGCGAUAGGACCAGCAUAAACCAACAUCCCAGCGUCAAAACGUAAACAGCAUAUGCCUUUUUUUUUCAACAGGAAAUAUCCAACAGGGGUCAUCAAUCAGUGGUCAAUAUCCAACACAUCAUGUAUAUGUGGAUUUCCAUCAUAUCUCAAAUAAUGUAUUUAAUAACAGUAAUAAAGUUUAUUAUCAUUCUUUGCUGGAAAUUGCAUUUAAAAAAUUUAUGGAAUGUCCCUUUUGAAACACGCAAUUAAAUAACAUUCUUCACAAAAAUUAAAGCUUUAUUCGAAAUAACAAAAAUUUUAAACUUGCCAUUCUGUUCCAACACUAGUGUUUUGAAGAAAUAUUAUGAAUAAUUGCCUGAUUUGUAACUUACCCACCAUUUGUAUUAAAUAAACACAAACCUUUUGAUAUGUUUUUAUGUUUUACAUUGCAAACGAUGGCUGUAUGUUUUGUAAGGCCUUGUAAGAUCAAAGUUAAAAUUGAGCUUCUGUGCGGUAUGUUGUUUGUGGCUGUGCUGUCGUUUUGUUCCAAAUUGGCUGUGUAGAAGUUAGAAUUGAAUUAUAGAGUUACUGUCAGAUUUGUGAUAACUGUUGGAUGUUACAAAAAUACAGCCCAGUGCAAAAUGCAUUUUUAUCCUCCGAUUGUUUCUCAAAAUAAAUGUAACAUCUUAAAAUGAA